AAUACAAUCCACCCGUAUGUUGUCAGUAUGGGCGUAUAAUUUUUAUGAAACACAAUUUGUUUUUGAUUAGUUGCCUAAUCUGAUAUCGUUGGUCCGUAUCUCUCCGAAAGCUGCUGCUAACCUAUUAAACGCUAUAAGAUACUUGGGCAGCUAGCUAACGGUUUUCUGGUCCGAGGAAGUCAUGGGUAAAAGCUGUAAAGUGGUGGUUUGUGGCCAAAGUGCUGUUGGUAAAACGGCUGUAUUGGAACAACUAUUGUAUGCGAAUCACGUUGCAGGUUCAGAACCUAUGGAGACCCUUGAAGAUAUCUAUAUUGGGUCCAUAGAAACUGACCGCGGCACAAGAGAGCAGGUGCGCUUCUAUGAUACUCGAGGACUCAGGGAUGGGAUGGAGUUUCCUCGACAUUACUACACUUUUGCCGAUGGCUUUGUACUUGUUUACAGCAUUGACAGUAAAAAGUCAUUUAAGCAAAUGGAGGCACUCAAGAAGGACAUUGACCGUCACAGAGACAAGAAAGAGGUCACCAUUGUUGUGCUCGGCAACAAGCAAGACAAGCAGGAAGAGAGGCGAGUGGACUAUAACAUGGCCCAGAACUGGGCAAAGAAUGAGAAGGUGCGUCUUUGGGAGGUCUCUGUCACUGAGCGACGCACCCUCAUCGAACCGUUUGUCUACCUGGCUAGCAAAAUGACACAGCCACAGAGCAAGUCCACUUUCCCUCUCAGUCGUAACAAGAAUAAGGGCGGUGGUUCUACAGACAGCUAGGUGGCCAGGCACUAUUACGUUCAAGGGAAAUGAAGACUGAGAAAUCAUUCACUAAAGGGAAACUUGUUUUGCUAUUA